CCAACUCCUUUCACGGCGGACACGAUGCCUGCCGAAACAGAGCCCCUAUUGGGCUCACACGCCAGACCACGAGCCCAGCACCCGAGGAAAUUCUUUAUCUCUAUCGUGUGUGCUAUAUUCUUGCUCACUGCCGAUUUUGGGUUCUACAUGUCGGCUGCACCGCAGCUGGCGGUGUUUGAAGAUAUCAUCUGUCGAAACUACCAGGCCGAUCUCCACAAGGCGGGGAACGGCACUCUGGGGCCUCCGGGGUCCAAUCCAUGUAAAUCAGAGGCCGUGCAGGGCGAAUUGGCCCUCGUGAUAGGAUACCGCGAGACUUUUGAUGUGCUGCCUGGUCUUCUGCUCGCACUUCCAUACGGUAUUCUCUCGGAUAGGUGGGGGCGGAAACCUAUCUUAUAUCUUUGUAUCAUUGGCAUACUGCUUGCGGAGGUUUGGAUGAGAAUAGUUUGUCUGUUUUCCAAUGUCCUGCCUCUUCGGAUGGUCUGGUUAUCAUCUGUCUUCAAAAUCAUUGGCGGUGGCGAACAAGUGGUCACAGCCAUUUCCUUGGUCAUAGUCACCGAUGUUUUUUCCGAAGAUGAAAGAGCAACUGCAUUGUUCCGGUUACAGUCUUGCGUCCAGAUUGCAGAGGUCUUGGCCACACCAUUGAGUGCCUACCUGAUGACAUUUGGUCCAAUGCUCCCCUAUAUACUAUCACUAUGCAUGAUCUUGGUGGGAAGUAUUCCAAUCUUGUUCCUCCCGGAAACCCUCCCAACCAGAAAAUCGCCGCGGGUCAACCUAGACAGCUCAGAGCAAAAUGAUGAAAACGGGCAGUCACAGUCCCCGAGUAAGAAACCGAUCUUGCAAGAGCUUACCCAACAAGUUCGUGAUUUCAUCGAGUCAACACGCUGUAUUUGGGGUGAUUCCAACGUCUGUAUAAUGGUCCUCGUGCUGUUUGUCACAAUCAUGAGCCGACUGUGCACAAACCUGCUUCUACAAUAUGUAUCGAAGAAGUUCGACUGGAGCAUUGGUCGUGCCAGUCUCUUGAUCUCACUGCGUGGGAUCAUUGCGCUCGCGACAUACUUGCUUAUCAUGCCCUCUCUAACCGUUCUAGCUGCUAAACAUCUGAAUAUCCACGGGAAAUAUAGCGACAAGUUCAUGAGCAAAGGCACCGGUGUAUUAUCCAUCAUCGGGUUCACUGUUGUCUUUGCGGCCCCAACACCGGCCAUCCUGAUCGGUGGUGUGGUGUUUUUAUCUAUCGGCUCGGCAUUUUCGGUCAACACACGCAGUCUGGCCACUUCGCUGGUACCACCCAAUCACGUUGGCACCUUGUACUCGGCAAUUGCUAUUGCGCAGGGCGUAGGGACACUCAUUUCGGGUCCGUUGUUUGCCAACCUGUUCCGGCUAGGCAUGCAUCUUGGGUAUGCGUGGACAGGCCUCCCAUUCUUGCAAGCCGCUCUCUUCUUUGUUGUUGCUGUCAUCGGCGUUUGGCACGUUCGCCUAGGACCUCCCCCGGCCGAUGACGAGCAGGAACCUCUGUUAUCUGAAUAG